GGUGUUCUGAUAUUGCCGAGAAAAUAAAGAUUUGAACUCAGAUCACAUAUAAUUUUUGCCAAAGAAAAUGGAUAAACUGGGGCUGAAUAGCUCUAUUACUAAAACUAUAGAAGACUUGGAUUUGCUAUCAGUUUUAGAACGUUUAGACGAUUCUUUGCAGCAGAAUACACAACUUAUACAACUGGUAAAAUCGAACCUGCUUGAUGAAGACAUUUUAAAUGAAAUAAAAACUAUAGUCAGUCUUGGAACACUUCGCUUGUACUUUGGUAAAACUAUGAGAGACUUGAAAAUUGUAAUAGAGGAUGAUGAUAGAGAACACGAAAUAAAAGUGCAGUACAAAGGCCCUAAACAUUUGAUUAUAUCAGAUAUAAAUUUGCCCAACUCAUCAACACAUGAACAUGAAUUUGGAUGUAUCACAGAGAUUACAGAGUUAUUCAAUCAGAAUGUGAAAGACCUGGCUAGAUAUUUUUAUGAAUUAGAAAAUAUUGAUGAGUUUUGUACUGUUAUGGAACCGAUUGUAAAGUCAUUCAAGGAUAAUUACAGAAUAAUAUUCCUUGAUGAUAGGACAUGGCUGCAUGUGGAGGUGACUCCUGAAGGCUUUGCCACUAAUAUUUACCUUGUUGGUCAGUCAGAGAGUUGGCACAAUAAGUUACAGGCAGGGCUUCUCCAUUGGGAUCAUGAUAAAAAUAUUGUCGAUAAUAUUAUGGCCAUAUUUGAUUUCAGUCAAUUUCCACAUCCCACGUCAAGUACAUCUGAGGUUCCAAAAUGGAUAGUGAAGAUGAUAACUCUGCAGCAUGUGGAAUAUGUUUAUCCACAAGUCUACCUGAUGUUCCUGGAUUGCCCCUCCCCUCUGUCAAAAUUCAUUGUGUGGGGUUUAUUACCAUAGGACCUGUUUGUAUCAGUGGUUAGUGGCAUGUGCUGGUAGUCGGCCCCUGCCUUUGGCGUCGCGAAUGGAAGUUGUCCAACUUGUCUUCAGCCAAUUACGUGCAGAGAAAAGAUAAUUAAUAAAAUAAAUAAAAAUGGUACCUGAAUGA